CAUGCUUGCAUGCUCUGCUCUGCUUCAAGAUGGCCAGAAUUUGAUCUAGGCGGAGCUGACGCGCGAAAUCCCAUGUCCCGGGGCAAAAGCUCCUCCACAUCCCGGGCAUGGCUUCGCUUCUUCUUGGCUCUUUCUUCGUUCCUUGCAGGUUUCCUCGGCGAUUGGGAAUUCUUUCGGGGGUUUUUAUAACGUUUGACACCUUGAUUAUUCAAUGGUUUUGUCCAUCUAUUUGUUUUGCCCCACCUCUCUUUAUGUUUCUUGUCUAUUUGAAAUCAGCACGGCCGUGACGUACCAUAGCACCUGCAAGUAGCUAAGCGACGAUGCUUAUCGAAGAUGACGUUCAUCCUUUUUUUUUUCUGUGUUGUGGAUUUUUACCGGUAGAUUGUCUCCGGUUUGCCAUACAUCGGAUGGCUUCCACCAAGUUUGGUUCAUAGAGGCUCUGUAGAUUAUUGCCGUUGUUACAUGGAGAUGAUUGGACAUUUUUGCUGGUACUACCAACUACCUGCAGUGAAAUGCACUAGGUAGCCACAGGGGAAUCGUCAUAAUUAUUGUUUUUGUGGGAAGUUUCUCGAUAUCCGUGAAGGUUCUAUAAGAGCUCACUCCCAAAGUGUUUCCCUUUUUCUCCAUUCAACAAGCUCUCGCAUCUUUCAACAUGUUGUUCAAAUCAGCAAUUGGUGCCGGGUUCGUUGCCGCAGUUGGUGCUGCUCCACAGGCAACAUACUCGUAUAAUCAGUCACCUUCUGUCAAUAGCGGAGCUCUUUCAACAGUUACCUCUAUUGCUGGACUUCCGGCAACUGAGAUUCCAGAGGCAACACUUCCUGUCCCCCCUCUCGUCAGUAGCCAGGUUACUGGAGCUACAAGCCAUGGAGCAUUCAAUGGAACACCAACUACCACUGGAGCUCUCAGUAACUCGCCCCUCGCGACGGUUGGCCCGACUGCUGCACUUCCACCGAACCCAACAGCUCUAGUUUACAAUCCAAACGGGACUCUCAAUAACCCGCAACCUCUUCCGUAUCAACCAGCUGGUGGAUUGGGGACCAAUGGCACUAAGCCCGUCUACCGAGUUCAGUCGGAUUUUGACUACCAAUCUAUUCUUCUUGGUCUUUACCAGGUAUGUAUUGUUGAAUCUGGGUUGGAGGAACCUUACUGAUGUCUUUCUAGGAAUGGAUAGAGUUAGAUCUUUUCCAUAAUAUCUUGGCUACAUUCAACGAAUCUGAAUUUACAGCCGCUGGGCUGACACCAAGCGAUCGUUUCCUCAUUGAAUUCAUGGCCGAUCAAGAAUCCGGACACGCAACACUCCUCAGCAAUCUCCUCGGCGGCCCAGGAGGAGCAACACCUCAAUGUACAUACAACUACCCCUUCAAAACCGUCCGCGAAGCUUUCGACUUCACCCAAAAGCUCACACGCUUCGGCGAAUCCGGCGUCUGGGGAUUCCAAGCCCAUCUCGAUGCUCGCGAAGUCGCUCAACUCCUUGAUCAAUCCAUCGCCACCGAGGCCCGACAACAAAUGAUCUUCCGGCAAUUCGCAGGUCUCUUCCCCAUGCCCGUCUGGUUCGAGACGGGCAUCCCACAAAGCUGGGCCUGGACGCUCCUCGCACCCUAUAUCUCCGAAUGUCCAGCGAACAGCAAGCGACUCGCCUGGCAGAACUUCCCCGCGCUGAAGGUCUUGAACCAACCUAAUUCCGCCCGUAUGAACGCUACGCAAACCGGCCUCAAUGAAACGACAGGCUUUGGUCCCGCGGCUCCUUCCUCAGAUGUCCCAUACAACGAAAGCUGUCUCAGCACCAACACCACAGGUUUCUCCUGCCUCGCCUCCAUCUCGCAGAACCGGACGAUUCCACUCAGUUACCCCGGUCGCCGCGUUCAGCUCUCGUGGGAGAACCCAGGGAAAGCCGUAGGACCUAACAACUCGUACAUCACCGAUACCGAAGCCGGGGCGCCUAAAUUCGUCAUCUGGGUCUCCCAGUUGAAUGUCACGUACUCGCCGCUUGUGAAUAUCAGUUCUGAGGGUGAUGUGAAUUAUGGCGCGACGAUCCAGCCGGAUGUUAGUACGUACGAGGGGGAUCCGGCGAUUAAUGGGACGAUGUUUAUUGCGCUUACGGAUAAGGAUUUGCCGUUUACGGCGUUUAAUUUGAGUAGUGUUAAUCCGCAUGUUGCGGCGGGGCCUUUUUUGUAUCAGGCUGGAUAGACGCUGUAUUUCGAGUAUGGUGAAAAAGGGGGGAAAGGGUGGUUGUGGUGUGAUGAAUGAAUGAAUGAAUGGGUGGGAGUAAUGGCAAUGUGGAUUCUUUGUAUAUAUAGGAUGUUUUCUAAUAUGAG